AUGUCAUAUCCUCGACAGGCGUUGCUGGAUGCGCUGUUGCGCUGGCGCAUGCGGUCCAAAAAUAGCGCAGUCGUGUGGAGGGGGGUCAGUACCUUAACCGAACCUCCUGCUGUCUCCUCCUACGCGCAACUCGUGAUCAGAGUCAGCCACAGCGGCGAGGACCUCGAGAGCAACAUCUGUGGUUUGGGCGAAUGGCUGAGUCUGCUGGGGCUGCUCACGCGUCCAGGUGUGGACGCACUGGCGUUCCACCGCUUGGUAAGCCCUCGAGACGCCGCGCAGUGUCCGCUCGGCGAUACCUGGUGCUCCUUCUGUGACGGCGUCGACCGUUGUGUCGAUCUGGAGCUCCAAACGAAACGUGAUAUUUCCUCCAGUACAGAAGCCGAGACGUUUCUCACAGUUCUCCGUCACGCCAUCUUCGAGUGGAACGAUGCGACAGCGUCAUCAGAGUUCCAUGCCGUCUGUGACGCCGUUCGUUGCGUGCUUCAAGCGCAAGAGACAAACUCGACCAGUCGCCGACGUGCGAUCCAAGGGGACAUCUGCCUCGCGUCCCGUACGAAAGUGUCGUGGACUGGACGCUUCCGCUAUGAACUUCAGACGCUUGCUGUUGAGGUGGGCGACUUAACCCAAGUCCCGCUGUGA